AUGCAUUCAAGCGCAAGUUCUCACUUGUCAAGCUCAUCAGCUCAUGAGAAGACAAAGUCUGCCCACACUGAGCCAGAGGAUUCGUCAAUACCGCCUAUACGGACGUUGCCGCGGCAAACACAUCAGAUUGAAGCACACCCCAAUGUUGACUAUCAAGACAAGUUAUGGACUCAAAUCGAUGUUCUAGAUGAUGUGCGGCGUAUGGCACGGGAGCAAGACACUUAUGAGGGCUUCCCGCCGGCUUUCGAGUCCCAGCUGCAGAAGCUUCGCGGCGCUCAUGUUACAUUAUUGCAGGCGAUGAGGAACAGGCGCGAUAAACAGGACGCAGACCACGAAAACGAAGACGAAAACGAAGUUGAGCAUAAGCUCGUGGAUGAUGUAAUGAACUGCCUACAGGAGCUUCGAGAAUAA